AUGGCCUUGUAUGGCAAUUAGAAUGUUUACCACGGGCAGAGUUCGGCGAUGACAUCAUCAUUAUUGUCCGUGCAAAAUAUUUGUGAACCGUGCACCUUUCUCUUCUGUUUUAUUCAGGCUACCCAAACUCCGGACUUCACGGAGCUACUGCUUGACCUUAUGGACGGAUCUCCUCAUUUCUAUCAACCCCAUGAUGAUUGUUCUUGCUCGGGUGGAGCAUCGCCAUUGUUAAACUCACUAGGCUUAACGCAUAACGAAAAGUGCCGUCAUGGACAGCUUCCUAGCAGUCAAUCUCUAUUUAAUGUUUCGUCUUCGAGGGAACGGUCCAUUACGAUUGUCCUUACUCCCCAUACCAUUAUCAUGACGUUUCUCGCUUUGAGCCUUGCUGCUUCACUGGCAUACCUUUCCUUGCCAUCCAAGCCGUUGCCAACUGCCGCUCUAAACAAUGGAGUAGGAAAACUCCCAUUUAUGGGAUACAACACCUGGAAUGCAUAUCAUUGUGAUAUCGAUGAAGAUGUGAUCAUUCAAACUGCACAGCUGAUGAAAUCCCUCGGACUUGCGGACCUUGGAUAUGAGCACAUGAAUAUCGACGAUUGCUGGGCAGAAAAAACCCGCAGUGCUUCUGGAGAUCUUGUUGCUAAUGCCACCCGUUUUCCCUCAGGAUUCAACAAUUUGACAAGCCAAAUUCAUGACUUGGGACUGAAAGCCGGUAUCUACAGCGAUUCUGGGUGGUUCACUUGCCAGUUGUACCCAGGGUCUUAUCUGAAUGAGGCAAGAGAUGCGGAGCAAUUUCAGAAUUGGGGCUUCGACCUUCUGAAGUAUGAUAAUUGCGCAGUACCAUUUGACGAGAUUAUCGAUCUCGGAAUGGUUGGCAAAUACACCCGUAUGGCGGAUGCUAUUGCCAACUUGUCCGCAACGACAGGCCAGCCUCCUUUGCUCUAUUCUCUGUGUCAGUGGGGGAGAGAGCAACCGUGGCUUUGGGCUAGGAAGCUCGGACAAUCGUGGAGAACUACUGACGACAUCGACGCUGAUUGGGACCACCUUGCUAGUAUAAUCAACCAGAAUUCAUUCAUCACCUGGGCUUCUGAUUUCUAUGGACACAAUGAUAUGGACAUUCUCGAAGUGGGAAAUGGAAAUCUUACAUUCGACGAAGCCAAAUCUCACUACACUGCGUGGAGUUUGAUGAAAUCUCCGCUACUGAUUGGAACGGAUCUCACCACUGUCACGAACGAAACCCUUGAGGUCCUGACGAACAAAGAAAUUAUAGCGAUCAACCAAGAUCCUGUUGUCGGCACUUCCAUCUCUCCUUUCCGUUGGGGAGUCAACCCUGACUGGACUUUCAAUGCUACUCAUCCCGCGCAAUACUGGAGUGGAGAGAGUCAGAAUGGGACCAUAUUCAUGUUGCUCAAUGUCCUCGACGAUUCCGCCGACAUGUUCUUCAAUUUGACCGAGUCUCCGUGGAUCAAUGCAGGCAGGCAAUAUGCCGUCCGAGAUCUCUGGACUCAUACCGAUAACGGUACCGCUGUUCGCAAUUUCACUGCCAAAGCUGUUCCAGCUCAUGGAGUAGUCGCCCUCCUGAUGCAGGAUGCGGGUCCCGAACCCGCUGGUACUCAACCUCCCUGCGCUCGUCCAGAGUGGUGUAUCGAUCAGAAUGGUACUUUGGUUCAGUAGAAGCCCUCUCUCUUGGACGUAAAUUGGUAUGAAUUGUACAAAGCAUGUAUCAUAUAACACAGGUUCAAUGGCCGACUCAGCUCAACAUGUCA